AUGGCAACAACUAACGAUUAUCAACACAAGAAAUUCAACAUGAAGCCCCAAGAAGAAUAUCCGCAUAAGAAAUUUGCUACCAGCAAAAGAAAAUUCGAUGAAGUUGAAAAGGAAGCUGAAGAUAUAUUGCAGCAAGCUAAAAAGGAUAUAGCCACCGAUCUACCACAAAUCAAAAGAAAACAAAAUAAGCCUUUGUUUCGGCCAUGGGAAGAUAAGGAAGACAACGAGACUAACACAACAACCAAAAGACCCAAGAGCUGUCCACCAACUGAAGAGGGCCCCACAAAUAUUCUGUCUCAACAAUCGAUUCCACAACGCCGACGCAAUACUGUUGGUGCUACCAUGAGACGUCGUCAACAGCAGCAACACCAACAAGCCGCACAAUGGAUGAGCCAACAACAAUAUAUUGCCUAUCAGCAACAGAUGCAAUAUCAUGUAGCUCUUAUGGAACAAUCUAUGAGGAAUUCCACAUAUUUGGCAUAUUUACAACAAUUGGCGCUGCGACAGAGGCAGCAGCAGCAACAACAAUUAUUUAUUUUUGGCCAACAACAUUAG